AUGUCUAGUGAAAGUGAAACAAAUAUUUUAUAUCAAGAUAAUGAUACUAUUGAAGAAAAACGUCGAAAGAAUGUUAUGGAUAAUCAACAUUUUCUUGAAAAUCUUAAACUAUUUAAUGUUCGUGAUGAUUUAAAAACAGCAGUUAACUCUGCAACAACAACAAAUAAACCACCACGAAAAAAAUCUAGUCGAAAAGAAAUUGUCGAUCAAUCCGAAAUACGUCGAAGUUCUCGAAUUCAAUCAAUGUCUCGAAUCAAUUACAAUAAUCAAUCAAUAAUUGAUGAUGAUGAUUUUAUUGUAUUAACUGAUGAAACAUCAAAUGAUGAAGAAGAUGAUUUAAGUUCUGCUUUUACAAAAACAAUCGAUACAGAUUGGCAACCAUUACAUGCAGAAAAAAUAACUAUUACGAAAAAAAUACGACCUAUUCGUAAGACUGCUAAGACAGUUUCUGAAAAUGUGAAAAUAUUUUUGCCAAAUGUUGGAUUACAAGCAUCAAACGUCGUUUCUGAAACUAAUUCUCAUAAAUCUUAUGUAUCUAAAAAAAUGAAUGUUGCUAUUUCAUCAUCAUCAGAAGAAGAAGAAGAAGAUUAA